CAUUAAUACACCCGCAGGCAGCCAACAAGUAUCAAAGUAAACGCGGAAAUAGUAAUAUAGAACUGAAUAAAAUAAGGGCCUUUUUUUUUAGUGGGACUGACUGGACUAUCUUUGCUUUCAUGUGGCCACGCCCCAGCUCAGUUUGCUUCUCAUCGCAUCGACUCUCCUGCACUCUCCUAUCCAACUCACAGUCUGCGCAGGCCAGCAGCUCGACACCAGCGACGCAGCGCAACAGAUUCUUGUGUAUUACGUAUCUUAUUCAUCAGUGUGUACUGUAAAGCCCGAUAGAGACCAUGAACCUCAGUCUUCCUGACCAAAGCAUGCACAGCUCGAGCGAAGGCUGCAUAGAGGAUGACAAAGCUGAUGUCAUGCUGCCGUGCUUCCACCGAAACAUGUACGAUGAGCCUCUGGCCUCGUACUCAAACGGAUCCAUCAUUUCCCAACUCCUCCGUAAGACAAUCCACAGCAAGAGGGCACUAGAUGAAAGCCCUUUCUACCUCUCCAGCUCUGCUGCCGCUGACUGCGGCCAGGAGGACCAGAGCAGCGUCUCCUCAAAGGACAGCACUGUUGAAGCUGCAUCGCCCAGCGGUCACGCCCCUACAGGAGCCAGCCCAGAGGGAGAGCAUGCAAUGUCCGAUCAUCUGCAGGCCAAGAGGGCCAGAGUGGAGAACAUUAUCAGAGUCAUGGUUGGCUCUCCCAACAGCAGACAGCAUGGAGAAAGUGAGAGGUCUGAAAAUGAGGCGAGAGACACCAGAGAGGCCAGAGAAGCAUACAGGGAGAACAAACGCAAGCAGAGGCUGCCUCAGCAUCAGGAACACAGCGCCGCAGCGCAGGUGAGCAGAAAGCCUGGAAGCAGCAGCAGUGAUAACUGCAACACCAAGGAUGAGGAGUGCCACAAGCUGAAAGAACAGCUCCACAGCAUGCAGCGACUCCUGCGCCACCUCCAGGAAAAGUUCCUUCAAGUUUACCACCAGGAAGAAGCUGAAUAUGACAGAGAUGAGACCGAAGUUGGCGUUGAGCGUGACAUCCUGGGAGAAAGCACAGAGUCACAUUACAUAAGCGGUGAAGAUGACUUUGAGAGGAAAAAUAACAGGGUGGCUGCAGAGUGUAAGGACCGUAUUAAAGUAGCUGAUUAUCUGGUACAGCAAAGAGAAAGUCAGAACCUACAGGAAACACUGAAGCAGGAGCUCACCAGGGCUGUUAGUGAUUGUGUGGACCGGGUGUUCAAGAAUGUGUCCUCCAAGGGGCUCGAUCUGUCCCCUCAGCAGCGCAUUUGCUCGUCACCAGAGAUGCAAAUUAGCACAGGUGCAGAGAGGAAGAGCCAGCAAGCCAGCUCUGCCCUCGACCACUCCCAGGCGGAGGGAGUCGGGAUAAAAUCCCGGUCGUUAGAAUACUACGAAAGCUCUGAGGCUCACAGCCCACAGGACCAGACCGAGGCGCUGUCACUGGUGGUACGGAAGCCUGCGGUGCCACCUAUGAGCUCCGUCACCCCUACAGUGAAGAGACCCUACCCUGUGCACCAGGCACCCUUUCAGUUCAGCUACAGUACCCCUCUGCACGACAGCCACAUCCUCGAGCAUCUUCUCAAAUAUGGGCCACAUUCCAACUUCGGGGGUCUCCCCUGCCUGCCGCCGUCUAUGGACAGAACCUCCCCAGACUCAGUCGACCUGCCUUGGGAGACCAUUGCUAUGAGAUCCAAGGUCACAUCCAGCCACCUCGGCCAUCACGCUCGUCCCUCCUCCCUUGGGGGGGUGACGGUCGACAACCUGUGUCUCCCUCACGUCAAGAUCGAGUGCGGUGAACUGCAGGGCAUGGCUGACAGAAACCCGUAUAUGUCUCUAAACAUCCAGGAGGGCCUCACCCCGAGUCAUCUGAAGAAGGCGAAGCUCAUGUUCUUCUACACCCGCUACCCCAGCUCCAACGUGCUGAAAACCUUCUUCCCUGAUGUUAAGUUUAAUCGCUGCAUCACCUCUCAGCUGAUCAAGUGGUUCAGUAACUUCAGGGAGUUCUACUACAUCCAGAUGGAGAAGUUUGCCCGCCAGGCCAUCGUUGAUGGCGUCACAGAUGUCAAAGACAUCUCAGUUAGCAGGGACUCAGAGCUCUUCCGGGCAUUGAACAUGCACUACAAUAAAGCCAACGACUUUCACGUCCCUGAUAGGUUUCUUGAGGUUGCUGAGAUUACCUUGCACGAGUUUUACAACGCCAUUUCCGCAACUAAAGAUUCAGACCCAUCGUGGAAAAAAGCCAUAUACAAGGUAAUCUGUAAACUGGACAGCGACGUCCCGGAGGAGUUCAAGACGUCUUCCUACUUAUAGGCUGAAGUGGAGAAAUGUACAGGUGAAGGAAUGGGUGAUUUUUGAAAUUAGUCACUUGGCAGUAUUAUAUCAUAAUUUAUUGUAGUGUAUCUUAGUGAAGUGAACUGUAGAUGAAAUUUGUACCCCCACCCCCACACAUGCACACACAAUUUUAAGAGUUACGAAUCUGUUGUCUGAAAACAACACACAGCAAUGCUCUUGUGGAUUUUUGUAGUGUUCUCUUAUAUAUUCUGCCUCGACACAUUUAGAGAGCUUUUUGAGUUUGUAGGUGUGUAAAAAGUUUGACAGAUGUGUAUUCAUUCAUAGCGUAGCCUGAGCCUUUUGGAACUCAUUCGAUAUGCUGGUAUUAGUUUAAAUUCCAUUUUUCUGUUUUUGUUUUGUUGUUGCUCUGUGUGUCUUGUAACUGUAUAUUUACUUACUCUGUGUUUCAGAUUGUAUUAUAAUUAUGCUGUAAACUACUACCUUGACAGAAAGCAUGUGAAAAUAAUGUGUGUUUUUUUUAUUACCACGUGUAAAGGUAUGACUCCUGUUAUGUAAAGAACAAUCAUUUUCUGAUGUUUCAGUCACAGACAUUGUAUUAGAUGAUGAUGGAAAUUAAAGAUGCACUAAA